UAUAUAUAUAUUUUGUUGAUUCCGAAGGCUGGAAUGCUACAAAAGCUGACAUCUUUCAUCUUCCACAUUGGGUAUCGUGAGAUAUGUUGGGUUACAAAUGUCUCCACUGGAACAAUGUGACAGAUCUACCGCCAUUAAAAGACCCUGGAACCUUCUCCCUUCCGUCUUCCAUUCCCCAGUGGCCUCCAGGUCAAGGCUUUGGCUCUGGAACAAUCAAUCUCGGCAAAUUAGAAGUCAUCAAAAUUACGAAUUUUGAAUUCGUAUGGCGAUACAGAUCCGUAGAAAAGAACAAGAGCAUGUCGUUCUACAAACCAGAGGGAUCGUUGCCCAAAAACUUCCAUUGCUUAGGUCACUACUGUCAAUCUGAUUCUCAUCCUUUGAGGGGUUAUGUUCUUGCGGCAAGAGAUUUAGUUGAUUCAUUAGAAGAGGAGAAAAAACCUGCAUUGGUGGAACCUGUUGAUUUUGUACUUGUCUGGAGCUUGAAUGAUUCUGCAGAAGAACGUAAUGAUACUAACGAAUGCGGUUACUUCUGGUUCCCGCAGCCUCCUGAAGGGUAUAGAGCGAUUGGUUUUGUGGUUACAAAGAAUUCCGCGAAACCCGAGUUGAAUGUAGUUAGAUGUGUUAGAGCUGACCUUACUGAUAACUGUGAAAUCCACAAAGUUAUUGUCACUGCUGUUUCAGAAUCUUUAUGUGUUCCUUUGUUUAUAUGGAGAACUCGGCCUUCAGACCGCGGGAUGUGGGGCAAAGGUGUCUCUGCAGGUACUUUCUUCUGCAGAACUCGGCUUGUUGCUAGAGAAGAACUCGGCAUUGCUUGUCUAAAGAAUCUAGCUUCGGGUUUACACGCAAUGCCAAAUGUGGAGCAGAUUCAAGCUCUGAUUCAACACUAUGGUCCUACGCUAGUCUUCCACCCUGGUGAAAGCUACUUCCCUUCUUCUGUAUCAUGGUUCUUCAAGAACGGUGCAGUUCUCUGCGAAAAGGGAAAUUCGAUCUAUCAACUUAUCGAAGAAAAUGGCUCGAAUCUGCCUCCAGGAGGAAGCAAUGACAAGCAGUUUUGGAUUGAUUUGCCGUGUGAUGAUCAACAAAGAGAUUUCGUCAAGCGAGGAAACCUUGGAAGCUCGAAACUUUACAUUCACAUUAAGCCUGCUCUUGGAGGAACCUUCACGGAUCUUGUCUUCUGGAUUUUCUGUCCUUUUAAUGGACCAGCGACGUUAAAACUAGGACUCGUCGAUGUCUCAUUGAUCAGUAUCGGACAACACGUCUGCGAUUGGGAACAUUUCACUCUCCGAAUCAGCAAUUUUUCCGGAGAGCUUUACUCAGUCUACUUGUCUCAGCACAGUGGGGGCGAGUGGAUCGAAGCAUACGACCUAGAAUUCAUUCCCGGAAGCAACAGAGCUGUUAUUUACUCGUCCAAACAUGGGCAUGCAAGCUUUCCUAAGGCUGGAACUUACUUACAGGGAUCGACAUUGCUUGGGAUUGGGAUAAGGAACGACACUGCGUGUAGCGAUGUCUUUGUUGAUUCGAGCUCACAGUAUGAGGUGGUUGCAGCGGAGUAUCUAAGCCGGGAGGGUGUGGUGACAGAACCGCCUUGGCUGCAGUAUAUGAGAGAAUGGGGACCAAAGGUUGUGUACGAUUCAAGGGAGGAGAUAGAGAGGUUGAUGGAUCGAUUUCCGAGGACAGUAAGGGUUUCAGUGGCCACCGCGCUGAGAAAACUUCCAGUGGAAUUGUCCGGCGAAGAAGGUCCUACGGGACCAAAGGAGAAGAACAACUGGUACGGCGAUGAAAGAUGGUGAAGAAAUCUCAGAGACUGUAACGGGCUAGGACUAGGAAAGAUAUGGUGAGAUUACCAUCGGAGCCCUAACUUGUAAAGGAAGAAGAAGAAGAAGAAGCAGCUUUAAUCACGGAAAGGUAAUUACAAUUAGCGUAGGAUCAACGUAAAUCUUGUCGUUAGAAGUGUAUACACGAGGGUCCCAUGAUGUAAUUAAAUUAAACAAACAAACUUAUUAAUUAGACGAACAAACCCAAACCAAACGCA